CCGUUGCUCGCGCGCGCCGACUUGCAAAAAAAAAGAAAACCAAUUUCAAAUUUGAUUCUGUUGUAAUUUAGUGACGUUUGACAGUUAAAAGGAUUAAGUGGCAGGACAAGGUGUCCAUGGUUGUGCAGUGUGUGUGAUGUAUUGAUUAGACUCUGCCGCUGAAUACCAGGAGAUCAGCAUGAGGGGCAGUAUAUGCCAGUUGCUGUUGUUGGCGCGACUUGUCGUAGCUAUCACCGGACCUAGGAUUGAGAACGACUUCGAUAGAAGAAGCCAAGGACCAAUUGGGCAACAAGGCUUCAACGAACAUCAGACUAGAUUUGGAGUAAACUCACCGCUACAAAACUUUCAACAAAAUCCUUCACUCAUAAACAAUGCACAGCAACUGCAGUUCCCUCAGCCUCUUUUGAACCAGCAGCCAUACGUGCCACAGUUCAAUAAUCUAUUGCCAUCGCAGAAUAUUCCAAACAAUCCACUACCAGUUCAAAAUAAUAAUGGAUUUCAAUAUCAACAGUCCAAUAUAAACCCUUCUAUCAACAACUUUCCUCAACAAGGCUUAGGACAAAUCGUUACACAAAACCAUAAUAUCCCUCAACCAGUGCCAACUCUGGCAACCUUCCAGGGUAGCCCGCAAAUACCUCAAAAUACUCCUAUUUUUAAUCAAAAUCCCAACCUACCAGCGCCACUCUCUCUUGCUCAACAGAGACCUACACAAUCUGCUUUCCUACCAACAUUAAGUUCCGCUCAAAGUCAGCAAAAUUAUAAUAUCCCAAAUCCAAUAACUAUUCAAGCUGCACCUAAUCUAGGCCCGCAAAAUAUAAAUCAGAAUAGUCAGAUAUCAUUUCCAGCAGCUUUAAGUCAGGGACCUAUUUUUGCAAAUAACCAACCUUCUAACAUCCAAGAUUAUAUAGAACAGCAAUCUAAAGAAAACUUGGAAAAACUGAAAGAACUUCAAGAAAGACAGAGGAUUAUACAAAAACACCAGGAAUUUGUACAGAAACAACAACAAAAACAGCAGGAAAAAGUAGAAAAACUACAUGAAGAAUUCCUUAACAGACAAGCAACCAAAGCCUUGCCUGUCUAUACUACGACGGAGACCUACGAAGAUUUAUAUCGAAAGAAUCAAGAAAAACGCAGACCUAUUUUACCUCAUGAAACAGAUUUAUUUAAAAAAGCUUUAGAAAUCUACGAAAAACAACACCCUACAUCUACUACUACAACUUCGACUACAACCACCACGACAACAACAACAAGACCUCCGAGAUAUCGAACAAGAGGGACAAUCAAACCAAGAACUCCACCCCAAGAUCGGAAUAAACAAAAACUCUAUAAUGAAAUCAAGAAUAUAUUAGAAGAGAGUGAAACAAAUGGCUUCGAUGACAAUCUCAGAGCUAAAAGUGUGGCUCUGUUACAAAAACCUGAUAUUUUGAAACAACUCAAAGUAGCACUUGCUGAAAAUCCUGAGGAUUUCAGCGAAAAAAACUUUACAUCCCGUGAAAUUUCUUUGAAUGGUCAAAAGUAUGAAGUGAUUAGAACAACCAACCCUAAUUUGAUUCCUAAGGGCGCUAUCUCAGCAGACAGUUCUGAUUUGAGUAAGUAUGUUGAGUCUCCUCAUGAUUCACAAAAAGAGAGUCGUGUUUCUUUUGAUGAUUUUACAAAGGGCGUAUUGCCACCAGGAGCGGAUUAUGAAUUAGUAAAACAAGGUGAUAAUGGAAAAUUAGAAGAAGUUUCAGUUUUACCGACCUCGUUGCCAAACCGAAAGAAAGUUACAUUCGUCUUUCUAGAGGAACAAGACGAUGGUUCGUAUAAAGUAAAGGGAGUGAAAGCAAAUGGCCAACAAACGGAGGAAGGCCCUGAAGUUGAAGAAAUUCUGAACAGAAUAAAGAAAGGUGAAAUUCAACUUCCCGGACCUACUAAAAUUUCUAAUAGUCUUUACAGUACGACGACUGCCAGUCCAUCGACAGAAUCUACUGAUUACAUAGCGGAGUCAUCACAUCAUCCUUCUAGCUACUCAACCUUUGUCACAACAUCAAAUUAUGGUUCUUCAGGACUAAAGAAUUCUGAACAAACUACGCCGGCCUCAACACACAGAAAUUCAAUACUAUCAUCAGCAAGACCUACUCAGCAAUAUCACAGAGAAACGAAUUCACCUAGAGAAACAUACAGAGAAACCCACUCGACAAGAGCUUCCCAAACAGAUUCCUACACACCUAAAGAAUCGCAAAGUGAAGUUUUAUAUACUCCAAAAGAAUCGCAAAGAGAGACAUACAAACAACGGGAUAAUUAUGAACCAAAAGAAUCAAAUAGCGAGUCAUAUACACCAAAAGAAGUAUACAGAGAAUCAUUUACUUCAAGAGAUGCACACCGAGAGACCCAAGCAUAUCAACCUACAACAAGACAAACAUCAACAGAACGAUAUGUUAUUAGGUCUUCGACACCUAGCUAUAGCAAUACUAGACACAAUCAAACACCAAGAAGCUAUUCUAGUUCAACAUCCGUAAAAACGACUUCAUCCUAUCGAUCAACACCUUCAUCAUCUGAUCAAAUUGUUAUAGGAUCUUCUACACCCACCCCAAGCUUUGAAGAUCCAACGUCUCAAUCUUUUGUUGCAGUUGGUCCCAAUCCAAGUCUAGUUGAUAUACUGAAAGAAAAUGGUUUGUUUGCUACUGCAAAAUAUCUUAAGCAAUCUGGUUUAGAUGCUAUACUGAAUGAGACUGGGCCGUACACAAUCUUUGCACCGACAGAUAAGGCUUUUAGAACGCUUUUGGUACAGUUAGGAGGUCCUGAUCGUGCAGAAGAGAAAUUCAAGGAUAACCCGAGGUUGCUAAGUGGACUACUCCUGCACCAUGUGAUACCUGGAGCGUUCGACAUUGGCUCCUUACAAGACGAGAUGACAGGAGUUUCCUUAGCUGGCACUCAGCUAAGGGUCAACCAAUACGACAUGCACGACGUCGAAUGGAACGAAGUCAGAGUAACCACUAUUAAUGGUGCUCGAAUACUCGAAGAUAAAAAGGACAUACAUAUACCCCAGGGUAUAGCUCAUGCAGUGGACCGAGUGAUGUUCCCUCUGCCAGUGGGCGAUCUGGUGCAGACACUACAGGCGGACAGGGACCGUCGGUUCACCAUUUUCCUGAAGGCAAUCUUCGCCAGUGGCUUCGCUGAAACACUAGCAGAAAGCAAGACAUACACAGUGUUCGCGCCGACGGACGCGGCGUUCGCGCGAUUGGCGGCGGGCGAACUGGCACGACUGUCCGAGCGGGGUGCGGCACGCGCGCUAGUGGCGAGGCACGUGCUACCCGGGACUCUGUAUAGCGCCGGCAUGCGCUACUACCAGCUACGAAACUCCAUGGAGGACGCCAAGCCGUUGACGCUCCAGAAGAAUUCUGGUCGAAUAAAGGUUAACAACGCGCAGGUGAUCACUCACAAUAUCCCGGCAACAAAUGGCGUUAUCCACGCGGUCGACACCUUACUAUGAAAUCACCCGCCAAAUUAGUUUAAGCAUAAAAUUCGUUAACACUUAGAUAAAAGUACAUACCAUAGAUAUUAAUUUGAAAUACUUACGGCUGGAUUAAAGAAUAAAUUGCAUACAAUUCCCGCCAUAAUGUUAUAAACUAUUAAAAUUCCGAUUUAAGUUUUAAUUCUUCCGAUUGUACGAUUUUAUAAGUAUUAAGAACUACAUAUAAAAAAAUCCCUGUUAAAUAUUAUAAAAAUUUUAAUUUUAAGACUGUAAAUAUUUUAUAAAACUAAGCCAAUAAUUUAUAUAUUUAGCAUUGUGUAAAUAUAAUUUGAUUUAACUUA